CCCAUUCUUCACAAAUAUUAUCAGUCAGGAGACCUCAUGAUUGCUGGCAUCAUGUCUCAGGUCUAUACAUUCAUAAACAAGAUAACAUUCAAAGAACGUCCCUCUGCUAAACUCUUUGAUGACCCGAUCCAUUUCGUUGCAAGCUGGACCUAUCAUGGCUCCAUGGAGCUGCUGUCUGGAUGGGGCAGACUCAUCCCCAACUAUAAGUGUGGUGUUGAGAACAGUCCAGUAGCCAUCAUCGGGGGACCGAAUUCUGACAUCUGUCUCCACAUGGCAACGGUCCUGAGUAUCUACAAGAUGCCACAGUUUAUCUAUGGCUCUUCUCCUAUGCUGAGUAACCACAUCCAAGAAGAGUUCUUUCACCGAAUGUUCCCUGAUGUGGCUCAUCAGUAUAAUGGGAUUCUCCAGCUACUGCUGCAUUUCAGCUGGAUGUGGAUUGGAGUGGUGACUCUGAGUGAUGACAACGGAGAGAGAUUUGUACAAAACGUCCUUCCCAUGUUUGCCGGAAGAGGUAUUUGCUGUGAUUAUACAGAAACAUUUCCCAAACUAACCUUUUCAGGUGAGUCUAUGGAAAUGGUGGAAGAAGGUUCUAAAACAAUCAGUGUUAUUAUGGGCAGCACCGCCAAUGUCGUGGUUGUGAUUGGUGAAAUUCACACCAUGAUGGUAUUGGGAAUAAUACCCAACUUGGCAGAAACAAUGAAUAUGCCUGUGGAAAUCAAGGCAAAAGUCUGGAUUAUGACAGCCCAGAUGGAUUUUACAUCGUUUUCCUUUCAAAGAAAUUGGGACAUACGCUUUCUCCAUGGUGCCAUUUCGUUUGCCGUUCAUUCAGCCAAUCAUCUAGGAUUCCAGAAAUUUCUUCAGAAGAGAAACCCUGUCACAGAAAGGGAGGAUGGCUUCAUCAGAACUUUCUGGGAAGAGGCAUUUCUUUGUUCUUUUGAAAAGAAAGACAAUGAUCUCUGCACUGGGACAGAGAAGCUUGAGACUCUUCCUGGGUCUGUCUUUGAAAGGAGCAUGACUGCCCACAGCUACAGCAUCUACAAUGCAGUCUUGGCAGUGGCACAUGCUUUACAAAACAUGCAUUUCUCCAGAUUCAAACACAGUGUAAUGAUGGAUGAACUAAGAGGGACUAGGCUGGAUCCACAGCCAUGGCAGCUCCACCACUUUCUGAGAGGCAUCUCAUUUAACAAUAGUGCUGGGGAAGAGGUUUCAUUCAGCCAGAAGGGGGAUUUGGUAACUGAAUUGGAUAUCAUCAACUGGAUCACAUUCCCAAAUGACUCCUUUUUCAGAGUUAAGGUCGGAAUGAUGAACCCCCAGGCUCCCCUAAGCAAGAGACUCUCCAUUCAUGAUGAUACCAUCACAUGGCCCAUGAGGUUCAACCAGGCACAACCCCUUUCUCUGUGUAAUGAGAAUUGCCAAUUGGGCUACAGUCGGACCAAGAAGGAAGGGAAGCUGCCUUGCUGCUAUGAUUGCAUCCCGUGUCCAGAAGGGAAGAUUUCAGAUCAGAAGGACAUGGACGACUGUUUUGAAUGCUCUGAAGAUCAGUAUCCAAACAGUGACAAGGAUGGAUGCCUUCCAAAAGAUAAAACUUUCUUGUCUUAUGGAGAACCGUUGGGGAUCAGUCUGGCCACUUUUGCUGUCUGCUUUUCUUCCAUCACAGCUGCAGUGCUUGGAAUAUUCAUGAAACACAAGGCGACUCCCUUAGUCAAAGCCAACAACAGGAACCUCACCUACGCUCUCCUGCUCUCUCUUCUCCUCUCCUUCCUUUGUGCUUUGCUCUUCAUUGGCCAACCUAACAAGCUGACAUGCAUCCUACGACAAACUGCUUUUGGCAUGAUCUUCUCAGUUGCCAUUUCGUGCAUAUUGUCCAAAACCGCCAUUGUGGUUCUGGCUUUCAUGGCUACCAAGCCUGGCUCCAGCAUGAGGAAGUGGCUGGGGAAACAAUUGGCCGGAUCCAUUGUUCUUUCCUGCUCUCUUAUUCAAGCCACAAUCUGUAGCAUAUGGCUGGCAACUUCUCCUCCUUUUCCAGACGUUGACAUGCACUCAAUGACUGAAGAAAUAAUACUAGAAUGUAAUGAAGGCUCCACUCUUAUGUUUUAUUGUGUCCUGGGAUUCAUGGGUUGGCUGGCCAUUGUGAGCUUCACGGUGGCUUUCCUAGCUAGAAAGUUGCCUGACAGUUUCAAUGAAGCCAAAUUUAUCACUUUCAGCAUGUUGGUGUUUUGCAGUGUGUGGUUGUCCUUUGUUCCAACCUACUUGAGCACCAAGGGCAAAUAUAUGGUGGCUGUGGAGAUCUUCUCCAUCUUGGCCUCCAGUUUUGGGUUACUGGUUUGCAUCUUUACCCCCAAAUGCUAUGUUAUUUUACUGAGGCCUAAGCUGAACAGCAGGGAGCAGUUAAUUAGAAUAAAGAAUUAA